AUGCCGUUGGACAAUUCUCGGAGGAGGCGCCGCGUCGAAUCCGAUGACGAAACGGACGAUGGCAAUAUCCAAACACCAGAACUCCCGAAGCGACCUCGACGAUCGACGCUGCUACCACAGGAUGAGGUUAACGGCGACUCGAGCCACACGAAUGGCGCCUCGCACUCUGCCAGUAUGGAGGAGUUCCAGCCUGGCUCUAUUGUGCGCGUUUCUGUCCAAAACUUUGUAACAUACGAAAGGGCGGACUUCUUUCCUGGCCCGUAUUUGAAUAUGAUUAUUGGUCCCAACGGCACUGGCAAGAGCUCGCUUGUCUGUGCCAUCUGCUUGGGCCUAGGAUACAGUCCCAAGCAUCUGGGACGCGCAGGCUCGAUCAAAGAGUUUGUCAAGCACGGCAAGGACAAAGCGACCAUUGAGAUCGAGCUGCAAAAGAAACCGAACGUCCGACACAACUACGUUAUCAAGGUCCAAAUUCGUCGAGACCAAAACACACAGAAAUGGUGGCUCAACGGCAAGGAGACCACGCACAAGAAAAUUCAGGAGCUAAUGGCGUCCCUCAAGAUUCAAGUCGACAAUCUCUGCCAGUUUCUGCCCCAAGACCGAGUGGUCGAAUUCGCCGCCUCAACCCCCGUUCAGCUGCUUCAUGAGACGAUACGCGCGGCAGCACCGGAAGAAAUGCUCAUCUGGCAAAGCCAACUUCGAGAACUGUUCAAAGAAAAGAAGGGUCUUACAGAGAACUCUCAAAACGACGUGGAAACCCUUGAAAACCUCAUGGCUCGCCAGGAGGGAUUGCAAGCCGAGGUUGACCGACUUCGAGAACGUGACGAAAUCCAAAAAAGACUAGAUGAUCUCAAAAUUGUGAAGGUCUUGGUCAGAUAUCAAGAGGCGCGAGACAGAUUUCUCAAAGCGAAAGAGCUCAAGAAGAAAGCCCAAGAAUCUCUGCGGCGGCUCGAGACCGAAAGCGGGCCUUCACUGCAGGCCGUGAACAGAAAGGAGGCAUAUCUAGACAAGCUCAAGUCUGCCUUGUCCGGUAAAGAAAGAGCCCUUCAGCAGUGUCACGACGUUUCGGAUGCCCUCGACCAAAAAGUCAAGGAUGAACAGGCAUCAAUGGACGCGUUUGAUACCAAAAUGGUGUCCGAGCGAAAAUUGUUUAAUGCAAGGAAAAAUGAAGUAGCUGCUGCUCGAGCCAGACUUACGUCGCUCCAGGCCGACCUGAAGAAUUGCCCAGGCGAGUUCAACGCGAGCGAAUGGAACCAGAAGAUCCGUGCCGAGGAACACGAGCUGCGCGACCUAGAGUCUACGGAUCGUGAGCUCGGUCUACAAUUGACCAAUUUGAAAGAUGAGGUGCGAGGUCCAAAAGAGCGGACACGCACCUUGACAAGGUCCCUAGAGUCACUCGAUACGCACUACGGCCAACAAGUGAAUUUGAUGAAAAAGAAGUUCCCGGAGGUUGCGCAAGGUUGGGAAUGGAUUCAGGCGCAUAUGGGCGAAUUUGAAAAGGAGGUGUUUGGUCCACCGAUGAUAAGCUGCUCGAUCAAGGACGAGCGUUUUUCAUCACAGGUCCAAUCGUUGCUACAAGUGGACGACUUUACAUGUUUCACCGUCCAGACGCGCAGUGACUACAAAAAGCUGUCUGACCAGCUUUAUCGUGUCAUGAGUCUCUCGGUUGUCAUCCGCUCAAGCGUUCACUCUUUGGAAAAUUUUCAGACCCCGACGUCGCGGAACGAAACUCUCGAGCUCGGUCUUGACGGUUUCGCUGUUGAUUAUGUGGAGGGACCCGAACCCGUGCUCGCCAUGCUUUGCUCGGAAAAGCGACUCCACCAGUCUGGUAUCGCCUUACAGGAGCACGAUAAUGCUCAAUAUAACAGGCUAGCAAACAGCGGCACUAUCACUCAGUGGGCCGCUGGCAAGCAUACGUUCAGCCUUCGCCGGCGCAAGGAGUACGGUGGCAAGGCCAUGACUGCUAUUAGCAAAUUGAUUGCUUCUGGCGGGUUCUGGACUUCUCAGGGUGUCGACGUGCAGGAAAAGGCGGAGCUGACGCGCCAACUUGCAGAGGCCCAGGCGGAAGUUCAGACACUCAAGGAACGGAACACUGAAGUUCUAAAAAAGCGGACAGCCAUCGAAAGACAGAAGCAAGCCAUAAACGCGAAAAUUGACGACCUCAAAACCGAAAAGAGUGCUCUUCAAAGGGAGUAUCAAAAAUGGAAAUCUCUACCAGACAAAAUUGAGGCUGAGGAGCGUCGGAGAGAAGAAAACAUGGAAAUGAUGGAGGUGAUCCGGAACCGCAUGUACGCAGCUCAAUACGACCUGGACAAGAUGACCAUGGACAAGUUCAGCGCUGCAAUGCGCCACGCAGCUUCUCUGGAAAACAUGAUGAAAGCACAUGAGGCAUUUAUUGAAGCUUCAAUACGCUCCAUUGAAGCUACUUCCGAUCUUACUGGACUCAAAGGGCGCAAUGCUAAGAUCGUGGCUCGCCUUGCGGAUGAAAGGGGGAAAUUGGAAGAGGCGACCGCGAGCGCUGAUCGAGCACGCACUGUGGGUAGAGAGAUGUCCGACGAGGUCAAGGACUUGCUCACUGAGCUUGGGGAGCGCCGCCUCUACCUGCAGGACCUGGCAGAGGGCAAAACGGAGCACGAAAUCGACGUGGAAAUGGCCGCGGAGCAGGCACAGCUCGAGCUCAUCUACACAUCCGACCCCAACAUCCUGCGCGAGUUUGAGAGGCGGGCGCAAGACAUUGAACGACUGCAGCGCAAGAUUGACAGCAUCAGCACCAAGGCCGCAGAGCUAGCGGCUGCCCAAGACUCGCUGAUGAACAAGUUUGAGCCAAAGUUGGACGAGCUGGUUACACAGAUUAACAGUGCGUUUGCAUACAACUUUGAGCAGAUCAGCUGUUCAGGCGAAGUGCGCAUCCACAAGGACGAGGACUUUGAGCAGUGGGCUCUGAACAUUAUGGUUCGCUUCCGUGAGAACGAAACCCUCCAGCAGCUCAACGCGCACCGGCAGUCGGGCGGCGAGCGCGCCGUGUCGACCGUCUUCUUCCUGAUGGCGCUGCAGUCGCUCGCGCAGUCGCCGUUCCGCGUCGUCGACGAGAUCAACCAGGGCAUGGACCCGCGCAACGAGCGCAUGGUGCACGAGCGCAUGGUGGAAAUUGCGUGCCGCGAGCACACGAGCCAGUACUUCCUCAUCACGCCCAAGCUGCUCCCGGGCCUGCGGUACGACCCCAAGAUGCGCCUCCUGUGCAUCGCCAGCGGCAAGUACAUGCCCCGCGACGGCGCCAAGCUCGACUUUGGCCGGUGCCUGGCCGUGAUGCGCGGCAUGGCGGCGACGAGAGCGUGA